AUGGGCAAAGACCACAAGGUCCCAGACGCGUGGGAUGACGACGACUGGGAGGUGCAAGCCGAUCUCGCGGCGAAACAGGACCAAGACCGACCCAAGCAAGAAGAGCCUCAAGUGCCCAUGACACGUGCCGAGCGGCUGGCAAAGCACGCCGAGGAACAGCGCAAGCUGUGGGAAUCAGCAGAAAAGCCCGACGGACUACCUUUCCUGCCUCCAACAACCAACCAAAUACCCCUCACUACGCCUUUCAAGCCUGCAGUGAAAGUCCUGACACGCAAGCCUGCGCCACAGCUUAUAGCCAAGAGGGAUCCAGUGACAGGACUCGACCAUUUGACGCUACAGGAUGAUGAAGAUGAAGAAGCAGAGAGGAAGCAAGAAUCGCCCGAAGAGAUCCGUAAGCGGCAGCAGAGGGAGCUCGAGGAAAAGCAGCGUCGCUACGAAGAAGCGCGAGCAAAGAUCUUUGGCGAGUCGACUCCCUCAUCCGGGCAAUCUUCUCCGCGCACCGGAACCCCCCCACUGGGAAUUGAUGGCCGGCAGAACAAUAGGGGACGAGGUCGGGGGCGGGGCGGUAGGGGACGGGAUCAAGAGAGCGGGCGAAAUGACCGAACACAGCCGUCAGACCGGCAGUCUGGCAGCACCAGGGAGCUGUACGACCCCGGAUACUCGCCGAAGCCGGGGUUCAAUAUCCACAAGCGCGGCGACGCUUCUGUUCAGUCUGGCAGUCGGUCGAACACGCCCCGCGUAGAGGAUCAGGUCAUACGGGAGCCACGAGGCCCUGACGGUAGCGGAAGAGGAGGUUUUGGCUUCGCUCGUUGUCGAGGGGCCGAGCAUGGUUGA